AUGCCUCAAGUCUUCGAAGGUCCUCCUGCAGUGGGUGACAAUCAUGCAGGUUACAAUUAUUCCAUCAAUGCUGUAUGUAUACUAAUUGUCGCAGUGGUGAGGUGUGAUGCUGGCAUCGAAGCCGGCCACGACACAGGCAACAGUGUCGGGGACAGUUCUGGGGGCUACCACUACUCCGCACCCAUCACGGGUGGGGAUUUCUCCGGACAAGACCACGGCUUCUCUGCAUCCCAGGGUGACCAAGGACAUGAUUUCUCUGGUGGCCAAGGACAUGAUUUCUCUGGCGGCCAAAGCGCUGAAAUAUCUGGAGGACACGGAAACGACUACACUCUGGCUCUUACCCAGGGAGGUCAAGAUUUUCACGGGCCACAGCAUUUCCUGGGCGGCGUCGGUUUGGGCAGCUACGGAGGUGACUCCUACUUGCAAGCGGCUCAUGAUUUUGGAUCCCAGAACUUCAACGGAGAUGGACAUGGCGACGUCAGCGGAGCGGGAGACUCGAGUCACGAGGAGCAAGGCCAGGGCAAUCACGGUCAGCAAGACUUCGGUCAUGGACAACAAGACUUUGGCCAGCAAGGUCAGCAUGAUUUCGGUCAAGGUCACCAAGGAUUCAUCCUUCAAGAUGGCGGCCACGAGUAUGGUGACCAGCAUGACUUUGGCAACGUCCACGCUUUUCCAGUUGGCGAGCAUGUGGAUGAGGAGCAUCCGGUCCAGGUGCCGUUGUACAAGCACAUGACGUAUCCUAUUCCCAAGUUGAUCCACGUGAACGUACCCAAGCCGAUUCUAGUUGGGGUCCCGCAGCCUUACCCCGUCAAGGUGCCAGUACACAAGCCCGUGGCGGUUCCAGUUGAAACUGAAAUCUCCAUUCCGAUCGAGAAAGUUGUCCCCUACCCAGUCGUGAAGCACGUCCCUUACCCGGUAGAAAAGCAUGUACCUAUCAGGGUCGAGAAGACCGUGACGGUCCACGUCCCCCAACCUUACCCUGUCAAGAUCCCAGUGUACAAGACCAUCCACCAUAAAGGUCACCACUGAUCUUCUAAAUUCAAAGUGCCUUGUAAAUAUUGUUAACUAAUUUUAAGUCAUUUUCAACUGUCUUCAUGUUGUAGUUGAUUUAUUUAU